GUUUUUUAAUCGAUAUGAAAGCAUGAUGAAUGCACCCUUUAUUUAUAUUAAUUAAUCCAGAAGGGCACGUAUGUUCAACAUUUUAUCUUUACUGAAAAAUUUAUAAGAAAUUAAAAAGUAGAAAAUCAAGAGAUUGCAAAAUUAUUCAGAUUGAUAUUUUUUUGAAAAUUUUUUAUUAAAUUUGAUUAGUCAAAAAUGUCAUCACCAUUGGGUCAUUCCGAUCCACGAAGACCUGAUAAAGCUCAAAGAUAUAAACCUUCAAAUGGAAACACAACAGGCAGUUCAGAAGAUUUGACUCCAGACUAUAUGAAUAUAUUAGGAAUGAUUUUCAGUAUGUGUGGUUUGAUGUUACGUUUAAAAUGGUGUGCAUGGGUUGCAUUAUACUGUUCGUGCAUUAGUUUUGCAAAUUCACGCCUGUCAGAUGAUACCAAACAAAUAUUAAGCUCAUUUAUGCUGUCGGUUAGUGCUGUUGUUAUGUCAUAUUUACAAAAUCCACAUCCAAUGCCACCACCAUGGGUUAGUGCUUUACAAUAAUGAUAAAAAAUUUCAUUGUUGUGUUCAGAAUUAAAAAAAAUUGUUUCAUUUGUUUUAAAUAUAUUAUUUAUUAAACAUUAAAA